AAUCGUACGAAUUCACGAAAUAUAAAACGUUUAAAAUUGAAACAACUUAACGUUACCAUAAUAUAUUAUAAUAAUUUUUUUUAUUUGUAAUCUUAAACUAAUUUUAUCGUACAAAUAAAUUCAUUGGAAGCGAUUAUUUUUCGCUGUGUAGACACUAAAAAGUCAAUGUAGUUAGUACACAGUAGCUAUCUGAAAAUUAUCACCGAUGGAUAUUCUAAAGAUACUGAGGUCAAUUUUGUUCGUUAUAGAGAACAACAAGUCAAUUAAACCAUUUAUUAGAUUUAUGUAUCGAGCUAAGAAUCAAUCUGUGCCACUAACGUGUGUUUGUGUAUGUGUGUAUGUAACAACACGAUGUUAAGAAUUAAUAAAGUUUGUGGCAUUGUUCGGAGUCAAACGAAAACAGGAAAUUUGAAAAAACAAUAUUUUAGCAAUAAAGUUGAUUUACCUAAACAAGCAGACGUUGUUGUUGUAGGUGGGGGAGUUAUAGGUUGCAGCGCAUUAUACCAUUUAACAAAACGUGGUGUAAACGCGGUUUUAUUAGAAAAACAUAAAAUAACAUCUGGAACAACAUGGCACAGUGGAGCUUUGGUAUGGAGCUUAAGAGCCACGGAUGUAGACGAUAUAAUGUUAAAAAAGACGAGAGAUCUUUUAGCGAGUUUAGAAGAAGAAACUGGAAUUAAUCCCGGAUGGAUUCAAAAUGGCGGAAUAUUUAUUGCGAGAACAGCGGAAAGAUUAGAAGAAUACAAAAGAUUGCACACACUCGGACAUUUGCUAAAUUUGGAAAGUCACAUUAUUUCUCCUACAGAAGCCCAAAAACUAUCACCCAUCUUAGAACCGAAAUCCUUUUACGGUGCCCUUUGGUCUCCGAAUGACGGAUAUUGCGAUCCUUCAAUGUACUGCUCUGCUUUGUUGAAAGGAGCUAAAAAUAGAGGUGGAAAGGUAUUCGAAGAUACUCCAGUUACAAAAAUUCUAACCGUUCCAACGCCAAAUAAUGAAAAGAAAAUCGUCGGGAUUGAAACGCCCGUUGGUACGAUCAAAACGAACGUAAUAGUCAACGCUGCCGGUGUAUGGUCGCGAAAACUCACCCAAAUGGUAGGACUUGAUAUACCUCUAACCCCAAUGAAGCACGCUUUUGUAGUGACAGGAUCUAUACCCGAAGCUAAAGGUACUCCCAGUAUUAGAGAUCACGAUGGGUGUCUUUAUUUUAGACCACAAGGCGAUUCCAUUUUAUUUGGAGGUUAUGAACCAAAUCCGGUUGUUCUUAAAGAUUUACCGGAGGAGAAAUUUCAUCUCUACGAAUUAGACAUGGCCAUUUUUGAUCAACAUUGGAAAAAAGCGGUUGAACUGUGUCCUUCUUUUGAAAAAGCUGGUAUCAAAUCUGAUAUUUGCGGACCAGAAUCUUUUACACCUGAUCAUAAGCCAAUAAUGGGAGAGGAUCCAAAAUGUGUCGGACUGUUUCAUGCGAAUGCUUUCAAUUCACUCGGAGUACAAUUGAGUGGAGGUGCGGGCGAACAAAUAGCCAGUUGGAUAACUCUAGGAAGACCUGAUUUACCUCUUUUCGCAUACGAUAUAAGAAGAUACACUCCAGUACAGAGACAAGAUAGAGCUUGGGUUCUAGAACGAUCCCACGAAGGUUAUGCGAAAACUUACGGUAUAAUUUAUCCGCACGAUCAACCGCUCGCUGGUAGAAACCAUAGAAUCGAUCAAUUCCACGAGGCACUUGUAGCGAACGGGGCUGUUAUGGAAGAAGCGUUAGGUUGGGAAAGACCCGCGUAUUUUAUUAAGGACCGUACCGCCCCCGUUAGAUCUUACGAUUGGUACGGAUAUUACGAUCACGUCGAUAACGAGGAUAAACGAUACGAAAACGAACUGGAAGGGGAACUAACUUUCGGUUUCCCGAAAAGCCACGAUUUGGUGAGGGAAGAAGCGUUGGCGGCUAGAAAUAACGUUGCGCUUUUCGAUUUAACUUGUUAUGCGAAAAUGUAUCUAGCAGGUCCGGAUGCGGAAGAGGCCGCCGAUUGGUUGUUUACCGCUAACGUCGAUAGGAAACCGGGGAGCAUCAUCUACACGUGUUCUCUGAAUUCCAGAGGUUACGUCGAAGCUGAUGUCACCGUUAUACCUUUGGAGGAAGGUGUAGGGACUUUAGUGGGUCCUGUGCUGAAGGGAAAAGGUUAUUAUAUUGUAGCAGGCGCCAAAUCUGGUUAUCAAACUAAAUCGCACUUCAGGAAACAGCUUUAUAAAAAAAAUUUCAAGUCUUUGGUAACAGAAAUGACAAAUAGAAUAGGAAUACUUUCGAUUCAAGGUCCAAAAAGUAAUGAAUUAUUACAAUCGAUGACCGAAUUUCCAAUAACAAACGAACAAUUACCACACGGUUUAUCAAAACUUAUAAAAAUAAACGGACAUACUUGUAGAGUACUUAGAAUAAGUUAUAUAGGAGAAUUAGGUUAUGAAAUCCACAUUCCUCUCGCAUCUUGUAUACCCGUAUAUAAUAAAUUAAUGGAAGCUGGUAGAGGAUUUGAUUUGAAACACGCCGGAUUUAGAGCAUUGGAUUGUUUGAGCUGCGAAAAAGGUUAUCAUUUGCUCAAUUACGAUCUUAGAAUAGACGAUAAUCCAAUAGAAGCCGGUUUAGGAAGGUUUUGCAGAAAAGACGGUCAAUAUUUAGGAAAACAAGCAGUGGAGAAAUUCAAACAACAAGGUGUUGCAAAACGAAGGGUAUUUUUCACUUUACAAGACCCAGUAGCUUUAUACGGAUACGAAACUAUUUGGAGAGAUGAUGUAAUUGUUGGAAUAUUGAGACGAGGCGAUUACGGCUUCAGUUUAGAUUCCAGUAUAGGAAUAGGAUACGUUCAGCACCCCAAUGGAAAAGUAAUAGAUGAUGAAUAUCUCAAAAGUGGUACAUAUCAAAUUGAGGUUAGGAACAAAAAGUAUCCCGCCACGUUAUUUUUGAAAAGUCCUUUCGAUCCUCAAAAUUUAAGGGUGAAAGGACAAUACGAACAUCAGUUUGAGGAACAGACGCAUUUCGAAGACUGAUUUUUUCAGUUAGGUUUAAUAUUGUUAGUAAUUGUUUAAUAUUUAUGUUAAGUAAAUGUUUCUCUAUCGU